AUGGUGCGACUGAGGGAGAUUCCCCGGACGGCCACGUUCGCCUGGUCCCCAGGGGCUGCAUCGCCAUUGAUCGCUACCGGAACACGGGCUGGAGCUGUUGAUGCCGACUUCUCAAAUGAGACAUGUCUUGAGCUCUGGGAUUUGGGCUUGAGUAACCAGGUUGCCGGUGCGGAGCUCCAACCGGUAGCUAAGGUUGAUACCGAUUCGGGCUUCAAUGACCUCGCCUGGACGGAAUCCGACGAUAACUCCCGCGGAAUAAUUGCUGGUGGCCUUGAGAGCGGAUCCCUUGAUUUAUGGGACGCUGAUAAAUUGCUAAGCGGAGCAAGUGAUGCCGUCGUGUCACGAACGUCAAAACACUCAGGGGCCAUCAAAGCUCUACAGUUUAACCCCAAACAUUCAAACCUACUAGCCACUGGUGGCGCCAAGGGAGAGCUAUACAUCUCCGACCUUAAUAACAUUGAGAACCCCUACCGACUCGGAAGCACUACCGCCCGCGCCGACGAUAUCGAAUGCCUGGAUUGGAACAAGAAGGUCCCGCAUAUUCUGGUCACCGGUAGCAGUGCCGGUUUCGUUACCGUGUGGGAUGUCAAGUCUAAGAAAGAGAGCUUGACUCUCAACAACAUGGGACGGAAAGCUGUCAGCGCUGUCGCUUGGGACCCUGAGAAGUCUACCAAGCUUGUUACAGCGACGCCGCUCGAGUCGGAUCCCAUCAUCAACGUCUGGGAUCUCCGGAAUUCCCAUGCUCCAGAGAGAACCCUCCGCGGACACGAAGCCGGCGUGCUGUCGCUUUCCUGGUGUGCCCAAGAUCCCGACUUACUUCUUUCCUCCGGUAAGGAUAACCGCACCAUUUGCUGGAAUCCUCAAACUGGCGUCGCAUACGGCGAGUUUCCUGUCGUCACAAACUGGACCUUCCAGACUCGAUGGAACCCCCACAACCCGAACUUCUUCGCUACGGCCUCCUUCGACGGCAGAAUCUCUAUCCAGACUCUCCAAAACACCAGCACAGAAACCGCCAAGGCCGCUGCCGACCAGAAUCAAGCCCUUGAUGGAGAGGACUUCUUUGCAAAGGCGUCGAGCCAGCCCCAGGUUUCCAGUUUCUCACUGCCCAAGGCCCCGAAGUGGCUUGAGCGGCCUUGCAGUGUUGCCUUCGGCUUUGGCGGUCGGGUAGUCUCUGUGAACUUGGCGGAUAAGAAUGGCCGUGCGUCCAAGAUCAAGAUCACUCCGUUUGAGGUUGAUGAGGCGGUUGGAAAGUCUACCGAGACCUUUGAGAAUGCGCUGAAGGAAGGCGAUUUGAAGAGUAUCUGUGAAAUCAGGGUCGCGGAUGCCGCCACGGAGGAAGAAAAGGCCGACUGGAAAGUCAUUGAGGCUCUGCUUUCCGAGGAUCCCCGCAAGGGUCUAAUCUCGUACCUCGGUUUCAAUGAUCAAGCUGACGAGGUUUCGGAGGGAUUGGCCAAACUUGGCCUCAGCAAGGAGGAGGAUGCCAACGAAGAGUCAUCACCCAAAACAUCCCGCGGGCCGGGAGCGAAGAAGCACAAGCGCUUGCAGUCGAUGUUUGACGCAACACCUGACGACGACAACUUCCUCUCCGAUCUGGCCGCAUCCAAAGGCGCCAAGACAAACAAUCCUUUCCAGAUCUUCAACGGUGCUGAGUCCGAAGCUGACAAAGCCAUCACCAGGGCUCUGCUCCUCGGCGACUUUGAAAAGGCGCUUGAUCUCGCCCUUAAGGAGGACCGUAUGUCCGAUGCUUUCAUGAUCGCCAUUUGUGGCGGCGAGAAGUGCAUCGAAAAGGCUCAGGAGCACUACUUCUCCAAGCAAACAAACAGUCCGAACUACGUGCGUCUGCUUGCUUCCGUCGUCGGCAAGAAUCUCUGGGAUGUUGUAUAUAAUGCCGAGCUGUCCAACUGGAAGGAAGUUAUGGUUGCCCUGUGCACGUUCGCUGACGAUAAGGACUUCGCCGAUCUCUGUGAUGCCCUUGGUGACCGUCUGGAGGAACAGAUCCGAAGCACGGGCGACAAGGCUGGUCGCAAGGAUGCCUCUUUCUGCUACCUUGCCGGCUCCAAGUUGGAGAAGGUGGUCGCGAUCUGGAUUGAGGAACUGAGCGAGGGCGAGCAGACGGCUAUCGAAACUGCUACCGAUGACACCAGCUUCUCAAUCCACGUCCGUGCUCUGCAGUCGCUGAUCGAAAAGGUCACCAUCUUCCGUCAGGUUACCAAGUUCCAGGACACGGAGCGUACCAAGGAAUCGGACUGGAAGCUCAGCGUUCUUUAUGAUAAGUACAUUGAGUACGCUGAUGUUGUCGCGACUCACGGCCGCCUGCAAGUCGCGCAGAAGUACCUCGACCUUGUCCCGGAGAAACACCCCGAAGCCGAAAUCGCAAGGAACCGAAUCAAGUUGGCGACGAGGCAGCCUACCACCAAGGCCCAGCCUGCCGCCGCUACCACUAGGGCUGCAAGCAAGCCCCUUCCCCAGCCAAGCACAUAUCAACCCGCGGCAACCUUCUCCGCGGGAGCCAGAUCUGCGACUCCAACAUCUUAUGCUCCUCCAGCCCCCGCUCCCGCACCGGCUUCAAACCUAUACGCCCCUCCGACGGCCGCUGCAAAUCCCUAUGCUCCUGCUGGUGCUGCUGCUCCUGUGCCACCGCAGCCCACAAACCCCUACGCGCCAGCAGGUGGCAGCUAUGCUCCUCCCGCAGGCUAUCAACCCCGGCAACAGUCGUUUGGUGCUCCUCCUCCACCUAUGGCCGGCACGGUGCCUCCUCCUCCUCGCGCUUCAACACAAUCUCCUGCCAUUACCACAUACACCACCGCUACAAAUCUACCUGCGUGGAAUGACUUGCCCGAGGGAUUCAGCAAAGCUCCCAUGUCACGCAGAGGAACUCCCGCGGCUGCUGCGCCUAUCGCCUCACCCUUCCCGAACCAGUCCUCUCCAAUCACGCAAGGCCCUCCGCCUGUUGGCGCCGGCCCUCAACGGACAGGCUCAGUUCCGCCUCCACCAAAGGGCGUUCCUCCACCCCCACGGAUGACCUCACCACCAUCAAUAAGCCAGGCACCACUGGGAUCGCUUGCCACAGCUCCUCCACCGCCCGCCAACCCGUAUGCCACCUUGCCAACAUCCCCGCCCGCUACGAUGGCGCCCCCAGCAUCAAUCCCGCGUGGGCCCUCCCCUUACAAUGCCCCACCAUCCAUGCCCCCGCCAACCAACCGCUAUGCACCAAGUCCGGCCGCUCAAUCAGCCAGUCCACAGCUUCAGACACGGGUGGCAGCCAACCCAUACGCUCCUAGCACACCACCUCCCAUGCAGGCUCCAGUGCAGCAGGUCCCACCGCCUCCUCAGGGCCCGGGCUCUCGACCCAGCACUGCCUCUUCGGUGAAGAAGGCUGCUCCCGCAGCACCCAAAUACCCCCCCGGUGACCGCUCCCAUAUCCCCGCCGAUGCUCUACCAAUCUUCGAGAUUCUCUCAGAAGACAUGCAGCGUGUCAAGGCCCGAGCCCCCUCCACCUUCAAGGCACAGGUCGACGAUGCCGAGCGGAGAUUGAACUUCCUCUUCGAUCACCUUAACAACGAAGACCUGCUGAAACCCAACACUGUCCAGGAUAUGGUGCAGCUCGCUCGCGCCAUUCAGGCCCGUGACUACGAAACCGCUCGCACAAUCCACGUUGAUAUCAUGACGCACCGAAAUGACGAGUGCGGCAACUGGAUGGUCGGUGUCAAGCGUCUCAUUAGCAUGAGCAAAGUAACUCCGUAG